AUGAUAGUGACUGACUCAUACUUAGAAGGGUUGUCAUCAGACUAUGAAUAUUUUUAUGAUAGUGAGUAUGACAUCAUUGAUGAUCAAUUAUAUGAGCCAUUUGUUGAUAAGGAUGUUGAAUUUGUCGGUGUUAACAAGGGGAAAAGGGUUGACAAAGGGAAAGGUGUUGAUAGUGAAAGAGGCACAACAAAGGAUGUUGAUAAUGAUUUUUAUGCCGAAGACUAUGAGAGUGAAGAGUUAUUAAGUCUUGGUGGUUCAUCAUCGGAUGACGAGGAAGGAGGACAUUGUGGAAGCUAUGGAAAAUGCAUCACAAAGUGGUUCAAGGUCAAGCCCCAAUGCUACUCAAUACAAAUCUACAGAGGGCAAACAAAAGUAACUUGUAAGACAUGA